CUUCUCUCACUCUCAUCAUCAUCAAUCUCCUCUGUCCCUCACUCUCGCUUCCUUUCUCUUCACUCUCCAUCUCUUCCCUUCCUUCCAUUUCCAUCUCUCUCUCUCUCUCUCUCUCCCUCUGCUAGAGCCACCAUUGUUUGCAGAGGGAAAAAAUAAUAAUAAUGUUCCCCAUUUCUAAUUCCCAUUUUACCCCUGUCACUUUCACUUAUUUACUCCUCCUCUCCUCCACCACCACUCCCAUUCUCGCCAUCAACAUCACCACUCUCCUUUCCUCCUACCCUGACUUCUCCUCCUUCACUUCUCUUCUUUCCUCUACACCUUCCUUAGCUGAUGAUCUCACGCGCCGCUCUUCCCUUACUCUCUUAGCUGUACCCAAUUCAUUUCUCUCCUCCUCCGUCGAUUUCACGCGCCACCUAUCUCCUUCCUCUCUUGCCGACCUCCUUCGCUACCAUGUUCUUUUACAGUACUUCUCUUGGUCUGACCUCCAUCAGAUCCCUACAUCCGGUGUCCUCAUUACCACUCUCUUUCAAACCACUGGACGCGCCGCCUCUAAUUCCGGCACUGUUAACAUCACACGGAAUCCCACCACCAACACCGUCACUAUUAACUCUCCGCCCCCAUACUCCACUUCAAAUGCUACCGUUUUAUCUCUGGUUAAAAGCCUCCCGUAUAGUAUCUCCAUUAUCUCUGUGAAUUCCCUUUUAAUCCCCGAUGGGUUCAAUCUCAUGGAAUCGGAGAGUCGGCCUCCGUUAGGCCUGAACAUUACGAAAGCACUAUUAGAUGGGCAUAAUUUUUUCGUGGCCGCUUCGAUGUUAUCGGCUUCUGGGGUGGUGGAUGAAUUCGAAGCUGACGAAAGAGGCGCCGGAAUUACUCUCUUUAUCCCAACAGACUCCGCUUUUGCAGAUCUGCCGGCCAGCGUGAGCUUACAGUCACUGCCAGCUGAGAAAAAAGCUGUGGUCUUGAAGUUCCAUGUGCUUCAUUCCUAUUACCCACUGGGUUCCCUCGAGUCGAUUGUGAACCCAGUCCAACCCACAUUGGCCACGGAGGCCACCGGAGCCGGUAGCUACACUCUCAACAUCUCGAGAGUUAAUGGGUCGUUAGCAAUCGAUACAGGGAUAGUUCAGGCAUCAGUGACACAAACGGUUUUUGAUCAGAAUCCAGUGGCGAUAUUUGGGGUGUCAAAAGUGUUGUUACCGAGGGAGAUUUUUGGGAAGAAUGCGGUUACAACGAGCAAGCCGGAAAAUGAGGUGAUGGGCAGUGCUCAGCCACCGGAUAUUUCUCUGUCGCCAGAGAGUUCUCCCGGAUACGACGAGCAGCCUUCUCAUCUGUCAUCACCUCCAGGUUUUAGAGCAAACAUUAAAUCAGGAGACACAGCUGAAGCGGCCACUGAUGGACCACAGAGCUUGAUUCUUGCUCUGUAUUGUACAUUACUGUAUCUAUUGGUAUGAGGGUUUCAAUUUUUUUUUUUUUUCAUUUGUGAUAAUUAAUGAUUUUAUUUUUCCCAAUUGGUACACGGCCAAGAAAUCAGCCAAGUUUUUUUUUUAAUUUUUUUUGAAAAUUUUCUCUUUCUUAUUUUGGAAUUCAUGUCUAGUUGUGAAUUAAAUCAUGUGAAUAUUUCAAUAAUUUAUUUAUAAAAAAGAGUUUUUUUUUUCUUAGGAAGGAAAAUUAGUACUUGUUUGU